AUGGGAACAGAGAGACAGGAGGGAGGGAAGGUAGAAGUGGCCACAAGCUUACCAGGGGAUGCGGCGGCGAGGCUCCGAGCCCCGUGGACAGAGGCGGAGGUGAAGGAGGUGCUCACGGGGCUGCCGAGAGGCAAAUCGCUGGGCCGGGACAGGUUGCCACCAGAGCUUUUCAAGGCUCACUGGGACCUGCUGGGAGGGCCGCUGGUAGAGUUUGCGAAAAGGUUUGAACGGACGGGCCUCUUGGACGAGUCCUUGUCCACGGCGGUCACGGUCCUGCUGCACAAGAAGGGGCCGACGGACCAGUUAGGGAACUAUCGACCCAUCACGCUCCUCAGCACGAUGUACAAGGUGCUGGCGAAGGUGCUCGCGAACAGACUCAAAAGAGAACUUCACCUGGUGAUAUCGGAGGACCAGCAUGGCUUCAUUCCAGGAAGGAGCUUGGCGGACGCAGUGUCGGUGGUCGCAGAUGCGGUGGAGGCGGCGGACAACGGGGGAGAAGACUGGUUUCUUCUAAUGUACCUGUUCAAGACGAUGAGGAAGCUUGGGAUACCGGAUGAAUUCGUGAGAUGGACGGAGGGGCUGCACCGCGGCUCAGGGACGUCAGUGGUAAUCAACGACUGGGUCGGAGAGAGGGUGGAGAUGAAGAGGGGAGUGAAGCAAGGUUGCCCGCUCGCGCCAUAUCUCUUCCUCUGCGCGAUCGAGCCGUUGUGCCUGAAGAUUAGGAAGAGAGGGCUGGGGGUGAAGGAGAAGGAAGGGACGGUGGAGUUGGUAUAUGUAAGGUAUGCAGACGACACAACGCUCAUACUGAAAGGAGAGGAGCAACUGAGGUCGGCAGUGGAAGCUCUGGAGCAGUUCGGCAGUUUGUCAAGCUUGCGAACAAACAACGACAAGUCGGUGGUCAUGCCGAUCGGAAGGAACAAAGGGAAGCAGUCGGCGGAGGGGGUAACUUUUAAAUGGGCGAAAGCGGGCAUACCAGAACAGCUACUGGGCAUCUGGAUCACGCCAGACGGAGAUGCGGGACCAUCCUGGAAGAAGGAUUGGGAGCCGGGGAAAGAGGAAUUGGUUAAGUGGGAGAGUCACCAUCUUCUCACAACGGCAAGAGUGACGGUGAUCAACGCGUAUAUAAUGCCCAUCUUCAUCUUCCAAGCGCAGGUGUGCCCUCCGCCGGAGGAACUGUGGAAAAGGAUUCAAAAGACGUGCGAUAACGUUGUUUCAAGUGGGGAAGCCACGGCGGAGAAAGCGUUCGUGUUGUGGAGCGGGGAGCUUGCUCGGCUCCCGCGGAAGGAAGGGGGUUUUGGGCUCGUGGACCCUAAGGUGCGAAUCGACGGCAUGGCGGUCAGAAUGGUGGGGAAGAUGCUAGCGGAAAAGAACGCAACAAAGAGAUGGUUAGCGGAGAAGGCGGCUGCGCUGCCACAAGGGGAGGCAACACUAUGCGCGAACCCGUCGGCGGGGAAGCAUUGGCCGGGGGGCAGCCAGAGGUGGAAAGCGGCGGUGGACGCGUUCUGGGACUCCCCGUAUGCGACACUGCCGGAGCCGACGAGCGGUUGGGAGGUGGAGCAGGAGCGUCUCUGCUUUAACCGCAGGAUUGUGUUUAGAGGAAAGAGCACGUACGGGAAUCAACAGAGGAUAGAGGAGCUAAGGAAGGCGAAGCUUGGGGACUUGGUAUCAGGGGAACUGGGGGCGGAACGCAAGGUGAAAAGCAAGGAGAUGUUGAGAGAGGAGUUUGGAGGUGUGGCAGUGGCGAGAUGGGCACUGAUGGCAUACGCGGCAACAUUGAAAGAAUGGAAGGAAUUGGCAACCGCGAGGAAGACGGCGGAAAAGCUGGCAGAAGCAACGGACGUCGUGAGGACGUUCUUACCGCGGACGCAGGAGUAUCUCUAUUGGAAGGUUACAGGAGUUAAAGAGGACAAAGCGACGGUGUCAAGUGUGGAGCUGAAAAAGGAGGCUAAGAUGGAGGAUUGGGCCGAACCAGUCAAGGCGGUGUUCAGGCCAGAGCACGUGGAACCAGUAGCUACUAGAGGUGGCAGAGUAUUAGGAGCGGUGGGCGCCCCGGCAGAAAGGCUGAAGAUGUCCAAGCUUUGUCCUCUCGUCCUGCCGGUGAUCGGUGCGCUGCUGCGGUCGCUGCGGAUGCUGGACCCCUCCAGCAAUCUGGACUUGCUGGGGGCUCUGCUCUUUGAGUAG